AUGAGUCAAAACAACAGCAACGACGGCAGCAACGACGACGCCGUAGGCGGGAGAUUGUUCUCUCGCCAGACACAACGAGGUAGGCGGCUGGACUUUGCUACAGCCUUGGGCUUGGGAGGGCCAAACACCGAGGGCCACGUAAAUCGGCGACCGGUGGCUGUAUCCCAAAAUGAGGAUAUCGCAUCCUCCCGCGCGAGCGGGCCGAAUAUUGGUGCCGCCGCGGCGGCCGCCAGGGACGCGCUCGUGCAAUCAAGGGAAGUCCCCUUGAACACGAACUUUUACGUAACUGUCUCUCCCGCCGAGUUGUCAAUAUUUAGCAGCUACCCUGAGGAUGUCUUUGGCAUCCUGCCUUUGGAUAGAGAUCUUGCUCCCGCCAGCAAUGUCCAGGAGAACCGCUUGUCGGCUCCAGUUCAGUCUGCGGAGCAGGAAACCCAGGAGAACCGCGAGUCGGCUUCUGGGCAGCAAGACGCGUCGAGGGGCGCGCAGCCAUGGCCUGAGCAAAACCCGUCUCAGUACCAAUUGAAGCGGCGCCAAAGGCGUGAGCAGCGCGGCCGGCGUGAGCAGCAGGGCCAGCCGAGGCCACGGGGAGCGCAGCAGCAGGGCCGCGGCCACUUUGCCCGCCGCGACUAUCGCAGGGCUAUGGUCGAAGAUGCCCAAGCCUAUGCUCGGAAUGUUCAAAAUGCCUAUGAGAAUUUCUUAGAGGCAGAUAGGGUUUUCGAGCAGGUGGUCCGAGGCAAUCGGGGGCGAGGCAACGAGGGGGGAGGCAAUCGGAGGCGAGGAAAUCGGGGGAUGGGUGCAUAUCAGGCAUAA